AUGUCUAUUCCACCCAUCCCUGCAAAUUUUCGAGUGUACUUCACACAGAAUGGCAUUCUGACGGAGUGCCAAUGGAGCCCAUUUCCAUCCCGGGAUUUCGACUGGGCCACAGUCAACCGGCCCCCUCCACUGUACUUUGGCCGUCCAUCAGUGUGGGCUCUGCCUCAGGCAGCUGGUGUGGCCCAGCCAGGGAGCUCAAGCGGGGAUGGCCGCCGCUUUGGGGCGUGCCACGACAUCCACUGGCCGAUGUCGUCGCGUCCCACGACGCCCAUUGGAGGCGUUAUGAGCGGGACGACCGCGAAGCGCAAGGCGUCGGUGGACGAUGCUGACUCGCUGAGCGUCCAUCGUUCCAAGCGGACCAAGGCGCCGCGCAAGGACAUUCGUGGGGCCGAGGCAGACACACCGACUGUCGAAAGUACACCUGUUGCAGGGCCGAGCCGUCAACCAGAGAUGGCAGGAUUCGACAUGCGGAUCACGAGGCAAGGGGAGAUAACAGACCAGGCAGAGAGGGCGAGCGCGUGUGCAGAGGGUGAAGCUCACAGUGAGGGGACUGCUAACGCUCAGGUCGGCGACAAGACAGAGGAGAAGCGUGAGAAGAGGUACAAACCACCUGGGGAUGGGCCCUGGAUUUGCGAGGUCCAUAAUCGAGAGUUUGGGCGCUGGUACGAACUGGACCGACACAUGAGGAGCCGCAAGCACGAAGAAUUCGCAGAGGAGUUCCAGUGCGAGCGAUGUCAAGAUUUCUUUUCUCGCAAGGACUCGCUGCAGAGGCACCAGCGUACGGCCUGCUAUCCUCCAGACGACGACAGUGGUGCUUCAUGA